UGGGUGUCUGAGCAGGAGGAAGAGAAAUAAUAGAUCAAUGGAAAAUCACACCUUAAACAGCUUUACCCUCCAGCUGGAGGGGUUAAAGGUCACAGAGACGUCUAUGUACCCCGUCUUUUUCUUUUUCCUGUUUUCUUACCUAGUGAUAAUGAUCCUGAAUGUGGGUAUUGUUGUCCUGAUUUGCAUUGAUAAAAGCCUCCAUCAGUCCAUGUACCUGCUGUUCUGUAACCUUCCAGUGAACGAUGUUCUUGGUAACUCGUACAUGGUGCCUCGGGUCAUGUCUGACCUCCUGAAGCCUCCCUCUGAGCUCCACAUUGGCUACUAUGAAUGCGUUGUUCAGGCUUUCUUCUCACAUGUCUGUGGCACCGCUUCCCACACGGUGCUCAUGAUCAUGGCCUUUGACCGAUACGUGGCCAUCUGUAAUCCUCUGCGUUACUCUGCAAUAAUGAGCAACAGAAUGGUGCUGAAGCUGACCGUCUCUGCCUGGGGGGUGGCCUUUGUUCUGGUCGGGAUUCUGCUGGGUCUGACCGUACGGCUGAACCGAUGCAGGACUCUGAUCACGAACCCGUACUGUGACAACGCCUCAUUGUUUAAGCUGUCCUGUGAGAGCGUGGUCAUCAAUAACAUCUACGGCCUGACCUUCACCGUGGUUCUGUUCACAUCAUCUAUAGGCAGCAUCAUCCUCACCUACACUAAGAUCACCGCUGUCUGUCUGACCAGCAUGAACAAGACCCUGAACACAAAAGCCUUAAAGACCUGCAGCACCCACCUGGUGGUGUAUCUCAUCAUGCUUUUCUGUGGGAUCUUUAUAAUUACGCUGCAUCGCUUCCCUCAGUACUCAGACCAGAGGAAAAUAUCUGCCAUCCUGAUCCACAUAGUUCCCAGCAGCCUGAAUCCCAUCGUCUAUGGAGUUCAGUCAAAAGAAAUUAAGAAAUUCCUGUCAAAGUUUUUCCAGAGCGGGAAAAUUUGCUCGUUGUCUUAA